CCCUGCCUGCGUGUUUGUCUCCGCCUCCGCCUCCGCCUGUGCCUGCGCCUCCUCUCCCUCUCCUCUCUGCCUCCUCGGUCCCCUUUCCCUCGCAAACAUGGUCGACUGGACGUCCCAGCAGGAGCUCACCAGGGAUGGCGCGGCCAACAUUAAUGUCGUGUUCGCAAGCUUCGGUCUCUACAUUUGGGAGGUCUUCCAAACUUCGGACUUCGAGUGGUCAAUUCUCCAAGGGAAACGGAAGGUGAAAUGGCAAUGGGUUCCCUUCUUCAUUGCUCGGUACAUCCUGGUCCUGUCCAUCGCGUCGCUGAUGGCCUCGUUCACCGUGAAGCAUGCAAUCAACUGCCAUUCUUUGUACAUAUUCAUUUGCGUGGCAGGCAAUCUGUCCAUCAUCUGCGCCUCGGUCGUGCUCAUGCUCCGGACCAUCGCGGUCUGGGAACGCAAACUCCCGAUUGUGGUCGCCCUCGGGACUCUGUGCCUUGCGCACACCGCGCUCCUGGUCCGCGGCAUGCUUACCGUGUCGGCCCAGUACGACGCCGUGCAGCAGAUGUGUGUCGCGACGGCGUUGUCGCACACGAACAGGGUGUUCUUGAGCGUCACCUUCUGGUCGACGCUGGGCUUCAACCUCGUCAUUACAGUCCUCCAUGUCGCUGGUCUCAUGAAGAGCGAUGAGGGGUCAAGCGUCUGGGAGCUCCUCUUCAGGGAGGGUGUCGUUUACUUUUUGAUAGCAUUCACGUUCAAUGCGCUCCCUGCUAUCUUCAGCAUCGUGAAUCUCAACACGACCAUGGACCUUAUCACUACUGUUCCCGUUACGGUGAUGACCGUUAUAUCGGCCACCAGGACAGUGACCCGCCUCCCCGACAUGGACGACGACGACAUCUACGUCCACAGCGCAACGCAGCUCGCCUCGCCCCGCGUGCCCAACGCCGCAUACCGGUUCACCCAGAACAAGACCGUUCGGUAUCCGGCAAGACCGGAGGUGCAUGUCACGACGGACCAGAUCGUCAUGGAGGACUUCGCCGCCAGCCCGACCUCGGCGAUGACCGACAAGCCGCAGUCGCUGACGGGCGACGACAAGUCCUCGUUCAACGCCGUUUGAGACCGCCCUCGCCCUCGCAAAGGACCCCCUCUCCGCUCAUCGCUGUACCUGCUCGUCCGUUCGUACUCGCAGCUCGUUACGCCCACAAAAUGCUUGUUCACGACUGCGUGCGCGGCGUCGCUGUGCGUCCGCCGCGAUGAUGACCGUACUCGUGCUCUCCCUCCUUCCCUCCACCUCACUGGCUCGUUCCUCGAAUAGCAAGUACCGUGAUUAGCUUCGUCACACCUUAUAAUACCCGGCGCCCCCGGACCGCUGCUAAAUGGCCCCUCCCCCUGUAAUCCCCACCUGCUCCGCUGCCUGCUUGCGGUGGCAUGACUCUGCUCUAUCUCUUGGAUGUGAGGAUGGUUGAAGAGGAGAGGUGUACGUAUGUUGCCAGAAGUAAUGGACAUUGAUCCCAACCCGUUGUGCAGUACAAUACAUUCCGCGGAUAGCCCGUUCCGCCGAUGCAUGGCCGUUGCCCUGUGCCUGUUCCUCAUGGGAUCGGAUCGACCACUCUAUUCGCCCCACGGCGCCCGCGACGCCAGUGCGACGACUCGUCUCCGUCUCCCGCUAUAACAUCUCUAUCUCCCAUCUCUCUAUCUUGCUUUCUUGUGUCAUAUCUCGUAUUACUCUCGGCUCUGAUACUCAUAGCAUACCUGUCUCGUACAGACGUCGACCUGUCGGUGCAGUCGCUCAUUUAGAUACCACCCUCCGUUAGGUUACCACUUUGCGAUCCGCGCAGCUGCCGCCAUUGCUCGUCCUGCCCGGCGGCAUCCGCAAGCACUCACACUCGCAUGUAGAGCCGAGUGAAACAAAUAAAAG